AUGGCUUACAAUGGAAGGCGGGGUCCCAAUGUCUCGGAGUACAUCGCGAACCUCAAUGCGAUUCCUUCGGCGCAAGACAUCGAGAACUCCCAGGGCGACUUCGAUCUGGACGAAGACCUGGCUAUGUUCACGAACACGCAAUUUUUCGACUCGGAUCUGAACCAGUUUGCCGACCUACAACCUACGGAUUUUGGUGACGGACACGGCCGUGCUUCUAUUGCGGGAGAAGUCUCUGACAUGAAGUCGAUGGAUUUUGAUAUACCAGGAGAUUUCAAUUUCCCCGAUUUCGGUAGCUUCGCUGCCCCCUCUACCUUUGGUGCCGACCCCGCGUCCAUACAAACAACUACCAUUCCCCCCUACACCGACGCUUCGUCUCCCACCGCCGGUCCAUCCCCGUCUAUUUCCGGCGAACAUAAACGUAAAGCUUCCUCGUCCGACGCGCCCGACUUUGAAGAAGCAUCUCGCCAGGCAGCUGAAGAAGACAAGCGCCGUCGCAACACCGCUGCCAGCGCCCGUUUCCGUGUGAAGAAGAAGCAGCGCGAGGCAGCUCUCGAGCGCAGCGCGAAGGACAUGUCCGACAAAAAUCUCAUCACGGAGAAGAAUGAGAGCAAUGAGGAUAUUGCGGCGCUGUGGAAGAAAUAUAACCGCGAGAGUGCCGAGAGGAAAGGCUCUCAGCGCAAGGACGGUGUCGGAACAAAGGCUUAG